AGCACCCAAUAAAACUUGCCUUGUCAAAGUCAAAAACAAAAACAUUACAUAGUACGCAACAAAUAAACCGAAAUCCAAAACAAUACCAACUUCUGCUAACAUAGGUGCAGAAAGAACAAACUUAAGACGCAUGAGCUUGACGAUGUUGAAGAUGAGGCUUUCAAGUUCAACCUCAUCCAUGCCCACCACCAUCCACAAAAACAAUCUUUUUCUCUUUCUCACUUCAUCAUCAACUCUUCGCCAAACCCAACUUCUUUCCUUCCCCAGAUCAUCCUUCACCGUCCAUUGCAUGUCAACCCAGAAACGAAACAUCUCACCCGUCGCUUCUACUCCCCAAAAUGUGUCCGGCAAGUCCUCUUUCCAGGGUAGUGAAUCAUUUUUCAGAAGCGUCUUGGCAAGUAUGGAGACAGUUUACUUAAAUAGGAACCCCACUGCAAAAGCCAUCCUGGAACUUGUUCAUUCUGCUGAUGAAGAACGAAUUUGCUAUGAUCACUUUGCUUUUAGGACCUUUGGGGUGGAUGGUUAUGGGAUUGACUCCUUGGCAAGCUUUUUCUUGGAUUUUGGCUAUACCCCAAGGGAUGAGUUAAGGUUUCCUGCCAAAAAAUUGAGAGCACUAUGGUUUUCUCCUCCGGAAAAUGUCAUUGGUGAGGGUGGUAGCUGCAUUGGUGGACCUUUGCCAAGAAUUUUUAUAUCAGAGCUUCUUGUAGAUCAAAUGAGUCCACAAACUCAGGAAAUAAUCAGGAAGUACAUUGAAGUAUCUGGUAGUGGAAAUAGACAUGCUGCCCUUGCUAGUGCACUAGGCUCUUUAACAUGGGAGAAGCCACUCAAUUCAGAAUUUCAACAGUUGGUCAGGGAAAGUGAAUAUGCUGCAUGGACUCUUGUUAAUGGCUAUGCACUAAACCAUGUCACAAUUUCAACUCAUCAACUGAAAUCUAACUUGAGAAGCAUAAAAAAUCUUAAUCAGUUCAUCAAAGAAAAUGGGUUCAAGCUGAAUUCUGAAGGCGGUGUACUGAAAGUUAGCCCUGAUGGUCUUCUGCUACAAAGUUCAACUGUUGCCGAUUCAACUUCUUUCACAUUCUCUGAUGGCGCAACUGAAUCUGUCCCAUGCUCCUAUAUCGAAUUUGCGGAGCGCUUGAUACUGCCUCAGUAUAAUAAUUUACCUGAAGAGGAGGUCAAAGAGUACCAUAGGCGAGAUGGAUUUGAGGUUGGAAAUGCUGACAAGAUCUUUGAGAGCACAUACAAAGAGCAGCUUACCAGAGAAGUUGCAUGAACAAUGCUCGAGCACAAACGAGUCAUCACCUUGUUCCAAAAAAUAAAUAGACAAAUAAAUAAAAAGGCUUGGAAAGUAGAAAGAAUGUAGAUACGUAAUCUCUACAAAAUUGGAGUAAGUAUUUAGGCAGAAACGCAAAUCGCCAUCGAAUAAAGUGGGUGUUUUUCUGGAA